GGAUUCUUGUUAGAAGAACGAAACUUCGUGGAAGCUGCCAUGGCGGAUCUCCCGCUCCAGUCUCCUCCAUUUAAGUCGGCGAUUCUUCUCCUCUUCCAUCUCGAAAAUCCUCUUUCUCCUUCAAUUUCAGUUCCAAUUUCAGUUUCAGUUUCGAUUUCUAAUCUUCUGUACUUUCCGCCAUGAAAAUCCCCAAGCGAUUUAGCCCUAAACGCCUCUUCCGAUCCAAGAAGAAUCGCGCCGACGUCUCCCGCCGCUCCGAUCCGCCGUCGUUCGGCUCCGCUACCUCCUCUUCUUCCUCCUCUUCCGAGAACUUCUUCAAGCCUCAAACCGCUGCGAGUGCAGGCGGCUACGGAACUCCCACCAGCGUCUUGCCCGAUUCCGCCGCCGACUGGUCCGAAAACAACGGCGUUGUGUCCAGGAAGGAGCUGGAGGCUAUUCUCCACCGGAUCGGAGCGGAUCCGCCGUCGGAGGAGGAGGUGGCGAUGAUGCUCGGUGAGUUCGACGGCGACGGUUUCAUACGCCUCGAGGCGCUGAUGGACCGGGUCGGGUCGGGGUUCGGCCCGGCCUGCGAGGCGGAGCUCCGGGAGGCGUUUGAGUUCUUCGACGCCGACCACGACGGGAGGAUCACGGCGGAGGAGCUCCACGGGGUGUUCAGUUCCAUCGGAGACGAGCGGUGCACGUUAGAGGACUGCCGGCGCAUGAUAGCGGAUGUGGAUGAGAACGGGGACGGGUUCGUGUGCUUCUCGGAGUUUGUGCGUAUGAUGGAGCUGCAGGGAUGAUCGUCCGAUUUACAAUUAAUCUACGGCUCUCUCUCUCUCUCUCUCUCUCUUGGAUUUUAGGUGAUCGGACGGCUGUGAUGGCGUGGAUUUUUUUUUCCUUUUCAUUCGAGUGUAUCUAAUCCAUGUAAUAGACACAUGAUAAUUGCUCUGGAUCAUCGUGGCCGGUCCGAUCCGACCGGAUCAAUCCUUCUAGAGAAGAAAAAAAAAAGAAACGAAAAAUUAGCCACUCAACUAACUUUUAAUUKAUAGUUAGAUAGAGUAAAUGUCAAUAGUAUUUUUUUGCUAUUUAUUUUUCGUAAUAUUUAUUACUUUUUGUGUUUUUAUGGUAUUCACAUUUUAAAUUUCAAUCGACAUGACUGACACGUGACUUAUGAUUGUCGAAAAUAUCGACAUUUUAUCCUUAUUUCUUUCUAUUGAACAUUUCUGUAAUGAGUUUCGAUUCGUUCA